AUGGCCAACGCGUCUCUGCCCACCGUGGUGCCUCUGGGCCCCGAGAGCCUACGCCCCUUCACCCGGGAGUCCCUGGCAGCCAUAGAGCGCCGGGUGUUGGAGGAGGAGGCCCGGCAGUUGCGGAACAAGCAGAUGGAGAUCGAGGAGACCGAGCGGAAGCCGCGCAGCGACAUGGAGGCGGGCAAGAAUCUGCCGCUCAUCUAUGGGGAUCCCCCGCCGGAGGUCAUCGGCAUCCCCCUGGAGGAUCUGGAUCCCUACUACAGCGACAAGAAGACCUUCAUCGUGCUCAACAAGGGCAAGUCCAUCUUCCGCUUCUCAGCCACGCCUGCCCUCUACCUCCUGAGCCCCUUCAGCAUCGUCAGACGCUGUGCCAUCAAGGUGCUCAUCCACUCGCUGUUCAGCAUGUUCAUUAUGAUCACCAUCCUGACCAACUGCGUGUUCAUGACCAUGAGUGACCCGCCUUCUUGGUCCAAGCACGUGGAGUACACCUUCACAGGGAUCUACACCUUCGAGUCCCUCAUCAAGAUCCUGGCCCGAGGUUUCUGCAUCGAUGACUUCACAUUCCUCCGGGAUCCCUGGAACUGGCUGGACUUCAGCGUCAUCAUGAUGGCGUACCUGACGGAAUUUGUGGACUUGGGCAACAUCUCAGCGCUGAGAACCUUCCGGGUGCUGCGGGCCCUGAAAACCAUCACAGUCAUCCCAGGGCUGAAGACCAUCGUGGGGGCCCUGAUCCAGUCGGUGAAAAAGCUCUCGGACGUGAUGAUCCUCACCGUCUUCUGCCUGAGCGUCUUUGCCCUGGUGGGGCUGCAGCUCUUCAUGGGAAACCUGCGGCAGAAGUGUGUGCGCUGGCCCCCGCCCUUCAAUGACACCAACAGCACAUGGUACGGCAACGACACCUGGGACAGCAACAACACCUGGAACGGCCAGGAGAGCUGGGCCAGCAACUAUACCUUUGACUGGGAUGCCUACAUCAAUGAUGAAGGGAACUUCUAUUUCCUGGAGGGCUCCAACGACGCCCUGCUCUGUGGGAACAGCAGCGAUGCUGGGCAUUGCCCUGAGGGUUACGAGUGCAUCAAGGCUGGGCGGAACCCCAACUACGGCUACACCAGCUAUGACACCUUCAGCUGGGCCUUCCUGGCUCUCUUCCGCCUCAUGACACAGGACUACUGGGAGAACCUCUUCCAGCUGACCCUUCGAGCAGCCGGCAAGACCUACAUGAUCUUUUUUGUGGUCAUCAUUUUCCUGGGCUCCUUCUACCUCAUCAACCUGAUCCUGGCCGUGGUGGCCAUGGCCUAUGCUGAGCAGAACGAGGCCACCCUGGCCGAAGAUCAGGAGAAAGAAGAGGAGUUUCAGCAGAUGCUGGAGAAAUUCAAAAAACAGCAGGAGGAGCUGGAGAAGGCCAAGGCUGCCCAGGCUCUGGAAGGUGGGGAGGUGGACGGGGACCCAGCACACAGCAAAGACUGCAAUGGCAGCGUGGACACAUCGGCAGGGGAGAAGGGGCCUCCAAGGCCAAGCUGUGGCACAGACAGUGGCAUUUCCGAUGCCAUGGAAGAGCUGGAAGAGGCCCACCAGAAAUGCCCACCGUGGUGGUACAAAUGUUCCCAUAAAGUGCUCAUAUGGAACUGCUGCACCCCGUGGGUGAAGUUCAAGAAGAUCAUCCACCUGAUCGUCAUGGACCCGUUCGUGGACCUGGGCAUCACCAUCUGCAUCGUGCUCAACACCCUCUUCAUGGCCAUGGAGCAUUACCCGAUGACAGAACACUUUGACAGUGUGCUCAAUGUGGGCAACCUGGUCUUCACAGGCAUCUUCACGGCUGAGAUGGUGCUGAAGCUCAUUGCCAUGGACCCCUACGAGUACUUCCAACAGGGCUGGAACAUCUUUGACAGCAUCAUCGUCACCCUCAGCCUGGUGGAGCUGGGCCUGGCCAACGUGCAGGGGCUGUCGGUUCUCCGCUCCUUCCGGCUGCUGAGGGUCUUCAAGCUGGCCAAGUCAUGGCCGACGCUGAACAUGCUCAUCAAGAUCAUCGGCAACUCGGUGGGGGCGCUGGGCAACCUGACGCUGGUGCUGGCCAUCAUUGUGUUCAUCUUCGCCGUGGUGGGCAUGCAGCUGUUUGGCAAAAGCUACAAGGAGUGCGUGUGCAAGAUCGCCGCGGACUGCAGCCUGCCCCGCUGGCACAUGCACGACUUCUUCCACUCCUUCCUCAUCGUCUUCCGCAUCCUCUGUGGAGAGUGGAUCGAGACUAUGUGGGACUGCAUGGAGGUGGCUGGUCAGGCCAUGUGCCUCACUGUCUUCCUCAUGGUCAUGGUCAUCGGCAACCUGGUGGUCUUGAACCUGUUCUUGGCCCUGCUGCUCAGCUCCUUCAGUGCUGACAGCCUGGCAGCCUCGGAUGAGGAUGGCGAGAUGAACAACCUGCAGAUUGCCAUCGCUCGCAUCAAGUGGGGCAUCGGCUUCGCCAAAGCCUUCCUCGUGGGGCUGCUUCAUGGCAAAGUCCUGAGCCCCAAGGUUAUCAUGCUCAGCCUCGGAAGCAUCGGCGAGGCUGGGGAGGCCGGCGAGGCUCCGGAGAGCGCCCCCGAGGACGAGAAGAAGGAGCCUCCACCCGAGGAGGAUGGCAAGGACCUCAAGAAGGACAACCACAUCCUGAACCACAUGGGCCUGGCUGACGGCCCUCCCCCCAGCAUCGAGUUGGACCACCUCAACUUUAUCAACAACCCCUACCUGACCAUCCACGUGCCCAUCGCCUCCGAGGAGUCUGACCUGGAGAUGCCCACAGAGGAGGAAACCGACACCUUCUCCGAGCCUGAGGAUGUCAAGAAGCCGCUGCAGCCCCUGGACGGGAACUCCUCCGUCUGCAGCACUGCCGACUACAAGCCCCCCGAGGACGACCCCGAGGAGCAGGCCGAGGAGAACCCCGAUGGGGAGCAGCCGGAGGAGUGCUUCACCGAGGCCUGCGUGCAGCGCUUUCCCUUCCUCUACGUGGACAUCUCCCAGGGUCGAGGGAAGAAGUGGUGGACCCUCCGCAGGGCCUGCUUUAAGAUCGUCGAGCACAACUGGUUCGAGACCUUCAUUGUCUUCAUGAUCCUGCUCAGCAGUGGGGCCUUGGCCUUCGAGGACAUCCACAUCGAGCAGCGGCGAGUCAUCCGCACCAUCCUGGAAUACGCCGACAAGGUCUUCACCUACAUCUUCAUCCUGGAGAUGCUGCUCAAGUGGGUGGCCUACGGCUUCAAGGUGUACUUCACCAAUGCCUGGUGCUGGCUCGACUUCCUCAUCGUGGACGUCUCCAUCAUCAGCCUGGUGGCCAACUGGCUGGGCUACUCGGAGCUGGGACCCAUCAAAUCCUUGCGGACGCUGAGGGCCCUGCGCCCCCUGAGGGCCCUGUCUCGAUUCGAGGGCAUGAGGGUGGUGGUGAAUGCCCUCCUGGGGGCCAUCCCCUCCAUCAUGAACGUGCUGCUUGUCUGCCUCAUCUUCUGGCUCAUCUUCAGCAUCAUGGGCGUCAACCUAUUUGCCGGCAAGUUCUACUACUGCAUCAACACCACCACCUCCGAGCGGUUCGAAGUCGACGAGGUCAACAACAAGUCCGAGUGCGAGAGCCUGAUGCACACGGGCCAGGUCCGCUGGCUCAACGUCAAGGUCAACUACGACAAUGUGGGUCUGGGCUACCUCUCCCUCCUGCAGGUGGCCACCUUCAAGGGCUGGAUGGACAUCAUGUAUGCCGCCGUGGACUCCCGGGAGAAGGAAGAGCAGCCGAUGUACGAGGUGAACCUCUAUAUGUACCUCUAUUUCGUCAUCUUCAUCAUCUUCGGCUCCUUCUUCACCCUCAACCUCUUCAUUGGCGUCAUCAUCGACAACUUCAACCAGCAGAAGAAGAAGAUGAGUAUCCAGCCCUCCUUCCCCCUGGGUCCUCCCCUCGCUAGGCUCCCUCCUCCCACCCCAUUUAACAAGAUCCAGGGCCUGGUGUAUGACCUGGUGACAAAGCAGGCAUUUGACAUCACGAUCAUGAUCCUCAUCUGCCUCAACAUGGUCACCAUGAUGGUGGAGACGGAUGACCAGAGCCAGCUCAAGGUGGACAUCCUGUACAACAUCAACAUGGUCUUCAUCAUCAUCUUCACAGGCGAGUGCGUGCUCAAGAUGCUGGCCCUGCGCCAGUACUACUUCACCGUCGGCUGGAAUAUCUUCGACUUCGUGGUUGUCAUCCUGUCCAUUGUGGGCCUGGCACUCUCCGAUCUGAUCCAGAAAUACUUCGUGUCACCCACGCUGUUCCGUGUGAUCCGCCUGGCGCGGAUCGGGCGGGUCCUGAGGCUGAUCCGCGGGGCCAAGGGCAUCCGGACGCUGCUCUUCGCGCUCAUGAUGUCGCUGCCCGCCCUCUUCAACAUCGGCCUCCUCCUCUUCCUGGUCAUGUUCAUCUACUCCAUCUUCGGCAUGUCCAACUUCGCCUACGUCAAGAAGGAGGCGGGCAUUGAUGACAUGUUUAACUUCGAGACCUUCGGCAACAGUAUCAUCUGUCUCUUCGAGAUCACCACGUCGGCUGGCUGGGACGGGCUCCUCAACCCCAUCCUCAACAGCGGGCCCCCCGACUGUGACCCCAACCUGGAAAACCCGGGCACCAGCGUCCGGGGCGACUGUGGUAAUCCCUCCAUCGGCAUCUGCUUCUUCUGCAGCUACAUCAUCAUUUCCUUCCUCAUCGUGGUCAACAUGUACAUCGCCAUCAUCCUGGAGAACUUCAACGUGGCCACGGAGGAGAGCAGCGAGCCUCUCGGGGAGGAUGACUUUGAGAUGUUCUAUGAGACGUGGGAAAAGUUUGACCCCGAUGCCACGCAGUUCAUUGACUACAGCCGCCUCUCUGACUUCGUGGACACCCUGCAGGAGCCACUGAGGAUCGCCAAGCCCAACAAGAUCAAGCUCAUCACGCUGGACCUGCCCAUGGUGCCGGGAGACAAGAUCCACUGCCUGGACAUCCUCUUUGCCCUGACCAAAGAAGUCCUGGGCGACUCCGGGGAGAUGGAUGCCCUCAAGGAGACCAUGGAGGAGAAGUUCAUGGCCGCCAACCCCUCCAAGGUCUCCUACGAGCCCAUCACCACCACACUCAAGAGGAAGCAUGAGGAAGUGUGUGCCAUCAAGAUCCAGAGGGCCUACCGCCGGCAUCUGCUGCAGCGCUCCGUGAAGCAGGCAUCCUACAUGUACCGCCACAACCAUGACGGCGGUGGGGAUGGGGCCCCCGAGAAGGAGGGGCUGAUUGCUGACACCAUGAGCAAGAUGUACGGCCCCGACAACGGGAACAGCGGUGUGCCAAGCAAAGAGGAGGAGAGGGGCUCCGCAGGGGACCCCGGACCUGCCAUGGGGCUCAGGCCCAUCAGCCCCUCCGACGCACCCCUCCCUCCUGCCCCACCCCCGGGGCAGACGGUGCGCCCAGGGGUCAAAGAGUCUCUCGUCUAGCAGGUGGUGGUGAGGUGGCACAGCCCCGAAGCACCCCCUCGCUGCCUGCCGCUGAGGGAGCUAGGCUGUGCAUCUGGGACUGACUCAGCUCCCUGUUGGGGACGGGCUCUGUCCAUGCUGGGCUGUCACCCAGGCCGUGGAAGGGGGAACUGUACCUGAAGUCUCCACUCUGGGCUGAGGCCGCUGCCUCCGCGAAAUUUACCUUCAAGUUGCUCUCACCUCCUCAUGGGCCCUGCUGCCCUCCUCACAGCUCCGGGGAGGUCAGAACAUCAGCGUCUCUGCCCCCGACUUGGGAGGAGCCGGCCUGUGAUGGAGGGAUUGGCUGCCCUCCUGCCCCCAGUCUUAAGGGCUACUGACCUCUCCGCAGGCAGUGGCUCAGGCCUCCAGCUCCCUCUGGGACAAGGAAGUCUUAACCUCAGUGAGAGCAGACACCUGAGCCCAGGGCCUGCCACCCUGUCCGGCCUCUGGGAUGUGGCUCACCCUGCCUGCUCAGGAAUUCUCAGGAGAAGGAAAACACCCCUGGUUCAGAAAUGGCUCCACAUACCCGGUGGGGAUGGGGGAGGGCCACUGGAUGCUGAGACAUUGGGCUGGGUUGUGGCCCCUGAAUCUUUUCCCGAUUCAUCCAUUGCCCAGGCCCCCCAGCUCCCUGGCUGGCCCCUGGGAGAAGAGCAGAAGGGAAGAGUCCCCUUGGGAAUUAUCUUUUUCUCGAAAGCAUGAGGGGGUGGGUAGCACGGGUUGGAUCCCACCAGUGUAUCGCUAAGCUGGGGGCUUCCUUGGCCUGAGCACCCCAUCUGGGGUGGGGUCGGGGUCCCUGGGGCUUGGGAAGAAGAUUCCCUCCCUACCCCCUGCCUUCCUCCCUCCUCCAUCAGCACCACUUGGGCUCCUGGCAGCCUCCCCAGCCCCAGGGUCCCGUCCUUACCCCCCGUCACACCCUUCUCUUCCUCUUGCCCCAUCCUUCUUCCCCUCCUCAAAGUGAUCCUAAGAAUGUUCUAGCUGAGCUCACGUUCGAGAUUUCAACACUGAGGCGGGCACCGCUCACCCGGCUCAGGCCCAAGCUUCCAACUUCCGGCCACUGGAAGCUGUGCGGUGCUUCUGUUGGCAUCACUGAUCUGGGCUCCCAAGGACAGACAGAGGCCGAGCUUGGAGGAGGGGGUGAGACGCCAGCUGGGGGUCACUGGAUUUACUCACCUGUGCGUGUGUGCGUGUGAGUCUGUGGACCACUGUGUCCCAUAGAACCUGCAUAUGCAUUUGUCUACGUGUAUAUCCGUGUGCCUGUGUGUCAGUGUGCCCUGGAGUGCUUAACCAGUGGGUAUGCGCGUGUCUUCUCUGUCGGCCCGUCCAUGGAAGCGUCCUUGUGCUGUGAGUGUGUAUGUGAGUGUGAACACACGUGGUCAGGUUUGCACAUUGAGCCCCCCCACCCCACCCCCGUUGAGCUCAGUUCCUCUUCUUUUUCUUGUUUCUCGUGAACAGUUUGAUUAAAACUCAGGAAGCAGCAAAACCUCCAAACAACAUGUGUGUUUGUGUUGCGUGCACGCCCACAGGCCGGACCCUUCCUUUCCGUCUGCCCCGCUUGCCAGCCUCCCGGCCGCUCUGCUCGGGCAUUCCUUUCUCUGACCGCCGUGAGGCCACCCUCUGCCUUCUCUGCGUCUCUUCCUCACGCCCACACCCAGCCCCGCUCCCCGGCCCGGCUCCUUCCAUCUCUCCCGGCAGCAGUUCUGGCUCUUUCUUCAGAAGUUCCUCCAGGGGUCAGCCUCCUCUCUGACCAGCACCCUGCCCACGUCCUUUCCUUCUUCCUCCUCGGGGCCCGGACGAGUGUGGCCCCAGAGCCUCAGCCUCUGUUGGACUGAACUCUCUCCACUGAGCCGGGUGCAGAGCCAGUGUGGCUGAACGGGGUCCAGGCCUCCUCCCCCUGCAGACCCACGGCCAUUGCACCUUGUCUGGGUGGGAACAGGCCCAAGCCAGGCCAGCAGAAGGCUCCUUUGUACAGUUCUUAUAAUAAACCUCCCGGUGCCUCGGACGGGUAUGCUUUUGC